UACGAAAAAGAUCUUACUGUAAGUAUAUAUGCACUGUUGCGAGUGUUGGGAUUCGGCAUGUAGAACAUCUUUUAAGCACUAAUUAGCAUAAUAUUAAAGCAAAAUUAUUUGUAUCAUUGUCUUAAAAAAUGAAUCAUGUUGAAGAAUCGACAUAUUGUAGACAUGCCAAUUUCAGAAAUUACCCAAAUUCGUUCAGUUGUGGAUAGUCGUUUCUAUUUUUAAUUAAAGCAAUUAUUACACGAUUUUUAGAUUCUUGAAUCCUAUUCAUUUUCUUUAACUUUGUUAAGACUCUUGAUAUAUUGUCAAAAAAAAAAAAAAAAAAAAAAAAAAAUUGGCUGUCUGCAUACGAAUGUUGAAGAAUUGCAACUGCAAAUUCUGUUGUUAGACAUUUGAAAGAAGAUUUUGAGAAAAAUAAAUCCUAAAUCUACCCAAACUUUUUUUCCUUUGGCUUUCGUUUUCUGAUUUAUUUGGAGAAGCAGGUUGUUUAAUCUGAACACUUUCUGUUUCUAUCUAUAGCAGCUGUCCUAGUUACAUCGAAUGCGAGUAACUCAACUGAAAACCAGUCGGUUUUUGCUAAAGUCUCCUGUUGAAGAGGAUGACUUCGACGAGAUUACAAAAAUAAAAUCCGAUCCAAAAGUCUAUCGUACACAACUAUACGGACAAAUUACUACUCUGGAAUAUUGCAGGUUUAUGUUUCAACAUUACAUUACAGAUGCUCGGACCCUUCCAGCUAGACGAAAACGUUGGGUUUUUGGCAUUUACCCAUUAGAAAUAUCUCCACAAUUCCCAAAACGAAAGUAUAUAGGAAAUGUUGGAAUUUCAAAAAAGACACUUUCAUCAGAAACAGCACAUCUAUUCUUUGAAGUGAGCCCUGAUUACUGGGGCCUUGGUGUCGCAACGGAAUGCGUUUCAAAAGCCAUGGAAUUUGCCUUUCAGCAAGGCGCCAGAAAAAUUGUGGUAGAUCCUAUGCAUGGAAAUGAAGCCAGCAAAAAGGUCGCUAUUAAGCUUGGAUUUCAUGAUACUGGUCGCUCUGUUCCUACAUAUACGGGCUGCUUAAAGCAUAUCUAUGUAUUCCCAAAACCAAAAGCCACAAAGAAAAUAGCUGGAUAAAUAGUCAAGCUUCAAUUUGACUCUUUUACUGCAUCUUCAACACGAAUUCUUCUAAAUUUAACUUGCAUAAUGCAAGGACUGAACACAUAACUCCUUGUUUACUUCAUUUUGUCAAUGCCUAAUCUCCCAUUUACUUUCAUAGAAUAACCAAUUGCUCUUAAUAAAAGAUUUCUAAAAACAAUAUGUGU